AUGGGUACUUUAUUGUCAAGUCGGUUAGGUUUAUCAUCAUUAUUUCAGCAUAAAUCAAAACCACGUGUUAACAAUGGUCGUCAAACAACAGAAGAAAUGUCAACACUAAAUGACAGUAAGCAUACGUCAAUAAACGAUAAUGAUGUUCCUUCAAGUAGUAUUUAUUUUGCUGGAGAAUUUGUGCCGGAACGUUAUUUAGUGUUACUUACGGAACAAAUGACUGAAAUGCUCUUUCAAUUAAUGACCUGUAAUGAGACAUCAAUAAUAAUGUCUGAAUGUGGAUUUGAUCAUCGAACAUCAUUAGGUAUUAGUGUCGGUAGUGGUAAUGUAUCAACACCAAGUUCAAAUUCUACUCAUGGUCGACCUUCAUUGCAAUCACAAUCAAUGUAUCAGUCGUGUAUUAAAUGCAAAAGGAAAAUGUUGACUAUUGAAGAAUUUCGUGAAUUACACUGUUAA